AUGGAUCAAAGCCGUUUUGCCUUUAGUGGAAAGUACGCUGGAUCCCCAAUUCCUGAGAGCGACACGCUUUUAGUCGAUCUAGGGACACACUCCAUACAGCUGGGAUUUCUAGGGGAGGAUGAGCCUCGCUAUGUAAUGAGGACUGCUGUCAGCAAGUCGCGUAAUAAGAACUCAUGCUUUAGGAUGGGAAACGAAAUGACAGAGGCAGACUUUGUGAGAAGGACUUUUCGAUCACCGUUCGUUUAUGGAGGAAAAGAGCAAGGGCAGUGGAAGGGUGGACUGCUUCUUCACUAUGAACUGGUUCAGAACAUACUGGAGUAUAUGUUUUCCUUUGCCUUGCCCCAGGUUCCUAGUGAUGCUCAGGAGACACGGAAGGUACUAGGCAUACCUGUUUUUGUGACUGUUCCCUACUGCACCCCACGGCUUUCACUGAUAAUCCUAGCGGAUAUCUUCUUACACUAUUUUGGAGCCACUUCUGUCUCAUUUGCCCCUUCUGAGCUCUACUUUUCCUCGAAGAACCCCUUCCAGAUAGUUCUUCACCUAGGGUAUAGUUGCACUACUGCCUAUCCGCUCUUCUACUCUACAACCAGGCAGACCUUUUCCAUUCCUAGCGCUCAUCUUAUUAAGGUGCUGCCUGUCGGCAUGCAAGCAGUGCAACUCUGGCUGCUCAAGUUUCUAAACAUUCAUUACCCUCUAUUCACUCAUUUGUUUACUAAUACGUUUAUAGAGUAUGUCCUCUCACACAUCUGCGUGGCUCUUUCAAUAGACACUUAUCAUGAACUGUGUGCAGAGAUGCUCCACCACUUUAAUAAGUGCAAGCAGCACAAGGAGUCCCUUUUCUAUCAGGAGACACGGUACUCUGAUCUGUCUAUGUCCAUGGAUGCAUAUAACUGCUAUCUGCAGGUUAUGGAGUCUCUUUCAGCAAAGUUCCCUGAAGCGUAUGUUCAUCCCAAGGGACACUCUAAUAUGAUCCACACGGGAAUACUGUUAAUUGAGCUUUUUGAGGGAGCGCGGCAGAAUGAGCUUCUUCAAGCACGGCAAAGCUUUAUUGUAAAAGCCCGCCGCACUACCCUUACUAAGCUUAUCCACGGGGUACGCGAUCAUGAAGCAGCUCGACUGCUCCAUGGAAGCAUCGCCGAAUUGAAUGCACUUCAAGAUACUUGUUCUUACGGGGCCGAAGUCCCUGAAGAGAAGCAAGCCAGAAGCACUACGCUCGGACUAAUCAAUGCACGCAUUUCGCGAAGUUCCAUAAGAAAUGUCUGGGCAAAUAGGGAACGUGCACGACUGCGUGCCAGCAGAGUACACGGUAAUGAACAGGAGACACCUAAUUCAUCAGAGAGCAAUCCGUUGACUAACCACAGAAAGAAGAAUAGAUCUGAUGCAUUUAAGCUGAAUAAAGUUGAUCGUGCUGGCUCUGAUACUGACUACUCUGAUCAGCCUGAGGGCGAUAGUUCAAUAGUAGAGGAAGAAAACGAGAGUGACGAGGUAAUAGAAGCACAGGCAGAAGAAGAAACAGAUGACAUAGUAACUAGCAGCACAGACAUGCUGAUCUCCAUGGAGCCACUUACUCUUCCAUCUAACAACGCUCUCAAGUCAGAGCAUGAUGAGCCAGAAAUAAAGCGUAUUCCAUCCACUAGCACCGUACGAACUUCUGCGGAGACAUCAAAGGACGUGUAUCGAAACGUUUUAGAUCGUAGCCAGGCUGUUACCAUUUUAACACGGCUGUAUGCACGAUUGAAGGCUCAAUUCCAAACCGAUCGGUACAAUUACAAUAAUUUCUGCACAAGAAAAAAUAUAGACUUGCUUGUAGACACUGCAAUAGAAUUCAGCGGCUUCACGUCAAUGGAGAAGCUAUCUUCUGCAAAGGUCAUCCGCCAGCUACACACAUACUUACUUAAUUCAACCGAAGCGGUGGAUAUGGUAAUUUUUAAGCUAGCAGAAUUAGGUGUUAGUGUGCAAGACUUUGACAGAAAUGCAUCGAUCAUAUGGCCUUAUAUCUCCCAUCCUACAAUAACUUACAAGAAGUGCGUUCCAGGGUACUUUAAAGAAGCGUACCUCAACAACCUCUCAUUAAGCAGCUUUCUUGAGGCCGAUGACCCUAAAACUCUGCGCGUAUGCCUUUUCCUAUUCAAUGAGCAUAUCUUUCCGUCCCAGAUGCUUUUCUAUCCACGGUUAAUGGGCUCUAGCGUCUCCGGAAUUGGAGACCUAGUGCUAUCUGUAGCCAGGGAAACUAACAGCUACAUCACACAGACACAGGGCUCCGGUAUAUUUUCCGCAGAAAGUAAUGUUUUGGCCCAGUGGAACAAGUUGCCAUGCGGCCCAUCUAGUGAGCCUCAGGAAGAUCAGGAGCGUGUUUCUGAUCUUCCCCAGGCACCAAUUGAAGUAGUGUUUAUAGGAGGUGGAAGUGGUAUGCACAACCUCUCCCACACUUUACUAACUUACCUAAACGCUCAGUCAGGCCUUACAUUUCGGGUUACAACAGAAGACUCGAAAUGGGAAAGACUCCGUGACAUAGCCCGAAUAAAGCAGCACCACGUUACUUUCACACCAGAAAGCCUUGCAAUGAGUGUGAAGGAUAUACCGAAGCGAAUAACGGAAAAGGCAACAAAGUAA